AUGAAACGUCUUGGUGAUCGUGAACAAGAAAGUCGAGAACGUCUUGGUGAUCGUGAACGAGAAAAAGGUCGAGAACGCCUUGGUGAUCGUGAACGCGAAGGUCGAGAAUGCCUUGGUGAUUGA